AAGGUUGGGGCCUAUGGAUAACGCAUUUCGGCUUUGGUUCUCCGUCAAUUCUUUGUCACCAACACGGCAACACCUGAACUCAACAACGGCGGAACCCAGGUCUGACUUCUGACUUCGAAGCUUGUACCGCACGGCUUGAUCCAUCCCUCGCCAUUUCCUCCUACUCCAUACAUUCAUUAGCUCAACAGGAAUAUUCCCUAUCCCUACUCUCCAAGAAUUCCCAUUUUCCUGUACUUCUCUCUUUGUCUUACCGGACUUUCACAAGGCUUCAAGCUCUCUCUUUUGUUAAACAAACAGCAUCCACCCAGAAAUUCUGUCAACUUUUUUCAGAUGGCGGAAAUGAAUUCAUAUUCCUUUGCUGAUUUCCCUGAGGACGUUCAGCUCUGUAUCCUCUCUUUCCUAACGCCUACCGAGAUUGCCAAUUUUGCUUGCACAUCGAGGCGGUUCUCCCCACUUUGCCAAAACGACAGCAAGCUCUGGUACGCGAUCUGCGAUCGGCGGUGGGGGUCUAAGACCCAAAUCAAUAAAUGGGGUAAUGGUAAAAUCUCCUACAAGCUCCUCUAUAAAACUCUCUACAAAUGGGAGAAUCUGACCGGAUUCUGGCGCCUGUGCGGCCAAAGUAAACAGAGGCAAUCCGCAGGAGUGAAACCUCCUGCGCUAGUUUUCUUCGAGUGGGGUCCUUGGUUUCUUUCUGGUUCUAGAGUCUCUCCAUCUCAAAAUGGUACAUAUGAUGUAACCAAGACGCCGUUCCUGUGGAUGGGCAUAUCAGCGGAGGGUCAACUUUUAAAUUACCUUGAUCCCGAUGGCAAUAAUGAUGGGCUAUCUGGUGAUUUAGGAUUCUUUGAGAUGGAUCUGAUUAAGGUUAGCGUUAAUUUUAUCGGGGAUAUACAUUUUAGCAUAGAAGAGAAUGUGGGUUUCGCUUAUUCAAGGAGUUCAGGUGCGGCGAAUUUGAAAGGAGAAUAUGGUGAGGAUGUCAGUAAUGAGCUAGAAAGCGGGUCUCCGGGGAGCUUAGAGGAAACAUCGGAGUUGUAUCAAUACUAUGCGAAUAGAACAAGUCCUGGAGCAGAUAGGUCCUGCAGGAGGCAGCGGAGGAGAGAGAAGGAGAAGCAGGGGAGGAAGAAAUGGGAGACAGAGCACUUCUUGAAGAUUGUUGAUUCCUCGUCUACACCAGAUCGACCAUUGCAGGGAUUAUGGAAGGGACUUUGUGACGACAUGAAGUUGGAAUUUUAUCUUGUAGCAUAUGAUGGAGUUGGCAUCUCUUGCCGAAGGGUUGGUGACUUGUCUGAUCCGCUUUCUAGCUCUACACCAGUGUUCUGGACAUCAACUCCUGCAUUUAUUGUGUCUCCAUUCUCACCUGAAGAAGAAUAUCUGUACAGUAGUCGCAUACAUCUUCGUCCACCCAUGAAAUCUGGGGACGUACGUUGGCAAUGCCCUCUGAUUGAUCACGAGGUGGUCUCUCGCCUUAUGCACAUCAACUCAAGUUAUGAUUUAGUUAUCCCAGGCUUGGCGGGAGCUUCUGCAAAUCCAUGGCACGUUGAGGGAAGGAUUUGGCAAUAUAAGAAUGGGACAUUUGGUUUUGGGUUUCUUCGGGACAAUUACAUUGUUGACCUAAAGCAUAUUGCCCAGGAUGGUCGUCUCCUGGAUGUAAUGGAGCAUUAUUGUGAUAGAUAGUUGAUUGAUAUCCUUGCUCAGGAUCUUCUGUGUACAAAUAGAUUGUAGCUCAAUGCCAUAAUUUUCCAUGGCUCUGUGUACUACAUUUGUUAUAGAAAUAAUCAUGUUAAACAUUCUCUA